GUCGCAGAUUCAUACAGCCGGUACAAAAAUUGAUCGAAUUUGUUCAAUUUCUUGAAUCUUCACUUUAGGAAUGUGAAAUCAUUUUUAAUUCUUACUUCUAGUAAAUUUAACUGCGCUGUCUAUUUUCGAAUCACUGCUGCUCGAGAUAUCUAUUGCACCUCACUCCAGGAAAACGAUGAAUCUUUUUUCGAAGGUGCUCAGUUUAUGAUAUCAGUCACAUCCUCACCAAGUUUCGACGAAUCCUUCAAGAAACGCUGCAUUUUCUUCAGGAUGUUGUCUCUGAGUAGAUUUUCUGAAUUUCAAGAAGAUGGUCAGGUUGCCACUUGUGAAGUUGAUGGAAAAGUUCGGUAUUCUUUGCCCUCUGAGUGCGAUUCUGUAAUAUCUAGAUUGAUCCCUUUCGUUGCAGAACUGCCUAAUGUAACAUUUUCUGAAGCUUCUAUUAAUAGUAUAUCAGCAAAGUACACUUCAGCCAGCCCAAAAGAAUUAUUUCUUUCAGUAGAAGGCACUAAAUGGGAUGGAAUUAAAACUGCCUGGUUCGAACAAGGAUUUAUUUCAGCACUCCUUGUAACAUUAGAAACAAAUUUAAAAUUUUCUUUCUUCAAUAACUUGAUUCAGAAUGUUACCAAAUUGGCUUAUAAGUACUCCAAUCGAGCUAACGUAGAGGGAGAAGAAGAUAUUAUUCUGCCAGAAUAUUGCCUGUGUAAAAAUUGGAAGAAUGGUUUAUUUAGGUAUAUUCAAUGGCAUCCACAUUGCAGUAAAUUUGCUGUUGUCACCGUCAAAGACGAUGUUCAUAUUUACUCAGCUGGUUCAACCAUCACAUCGGUUCUGAAACAUAGAACUCAACAAUUCAUCACUUGUGUUGCAUGGAGGCCCCUUAGCGCGUCAGAAUUAGCUGUUGGGUGUUCAAAAGGUGUUUAUGUAUGGAAUAUUGAGCCGAACUCAAUAGUGACGAAACCAUCAAUCACAUGUGCUACUUUAUUAUCCAGACCAGGUCAUAAAUAUGUGACUAGUGUAUCGUGGAAUCAACAAGGCAAUUUAUUAGUAAGCGCUUCAUUAUGCGAUCGUGCUAUGUAUGUAUGGGAUGUAUCGAUGGAGAGAGCAGUACCUUUGCAAAAGUACGGUGGUGGUAUUCCUGUAUUGGUCAAAUGGUCGCCUACAUCUGAACAUAUUUUCGCCAGCACUACAAAUAUUUUAUUCCGCAUAUGGUCAAGUGUAUCAUGGAGCUCGGAGAAUUGGUAUACAGGUUCGAAUCGAAUCAAAUGUGCAUGUUGGUCAUCAGACGGAUCGGUGUUAUUAUUCGCUACCACAGCUGAACCAACUAUUUAUGCUAUAACAGUAUCGUCGGCUUUCAAUAUUUUUGCUGAUACUGCGACUGGAAACGGUAACGCAAUAUGUGUCGCAGAUUUAACUAGACAAGAAUUAUCAAAUGGCGAAAUACUUGGUGGCAAUAUUAUCGAUAUGGCGUGGGAUUCGAGUGGAAAGCUGUUAGCAGUGAUAUUCAAGGAUAGUAAUUUAAUUCCAGUGUUUAGCACUACCAUCUGUUCGAGACCCAAAGUUCUUCAGCUUACUCCUAGAUGUUUAAUUCGAGGGCGAUUGAAUGAAAUUCCUAACUGUAUCGAUUUUCAAAAAAAUGUCAAAUAUGGAACCAAUUUAACUAUUGCUUGGUCUAGUGGUCGUAUUCAAUACUUCCCAUUUUACACAUCGGACGCUAUUUUCAUUUAAUUUCUACCGCAAUGAUGUAUGGUUUCACGUACGUUUGAAUAUCGAAUAAUUAUAUACAUAUUUUGUUAAAUAAAGAAUAUUUUUUCAUUUUAUAGAAAACUUUGAAACUUUAAUGGCUAACGUUUAGUGCAGCUGAGUAUUUGUCGAGCUCUUUUAUAAUUUAUACUCGUGAAAAGAGUUACUCCACCGAUUACAUUGUUAAUCCUUUUUGUUUAUUCUACUAGCAUUUUUGCCACUCAUAAUUUGUUUAAUGAUAAUAGUUGUCUCCUUUCAUUUCGCAUACUUCUUCAUGAUGUUUUUUUGAUGAUAAUUUUCGUAAUUAUUCAGCACGAGAGAAAAAAACGGUCAAAGUUUUCAAGUACUGAAUACAUGUGUUUGACUUUUUGGUCUUUUUGUUUUAAACUGGCCUCGAAUUUAGUAAGAAUUCAUUAUUAGGCAUGUCGACAUUUAUACUAUAAUUUUUUGGUUUGAAAUACUCAUUUUAUCUGAUUUAGGUAUGUAUUAAUAUAUUUGAAGUCUUUGAAUGAACCGAUACUUCUGGAGUUUCAACAAUUUAAUUUAUGUCAUGCUUCUUAUGAUACGAAUACAUUCAUUUUUAUCCAUUAAUUUUGAUCUACAUAUGUUAGCUGCAUUUAAAAAGUUGUGAAGUGAAGAAGCGAUGAAUUUUAUACUUGAAGCUAACUGAAUUGUUUCCAUACCGAAUAAAACUCAGAAUUUUAAGUCAAUUUAUGUAAGACCCUGAAACCAUUAACUAAUCGUGCGUUAAAACAAAUAAUAAACUAGAUGGCCUGCCUACCUACAAUCAAAGAAAAUCACUUUCGAGUUGUUAUUCAUUUGAAGCAUUCAUUUUAAAAUAUUGAAGUACAGAACGUUUCGCAGGCACAUUUACUUGUCGUUCAUUUAAAAUUUAUAUUUCAUAAUAAAUAAUUUUUCCAAGACGGA